UCUUUAUAUCAUUUCUACAUUGAGAAUUUUAAAUUAUUUCAUAAUCCUAUUGAGUUUUUCAACAAAAUUAACAUGGCUCCGAUGAACCGACCAGCUCCUGUGGAAGUCGCAUAUAGGAAUAUGAGAUUUCUUAUUGCACACAAUCCAACCAAUGCUACCUUAAGCAAAUUUAUAGAGGAGCUUAAGAAGUACAGGGUUACCACGAUAGUAAGAGUAUGUGAAGCGACAUAUGAUACUGCUCUUGUGGAAAAAGAAGGCAUCCAGGUUCUGGACUGGCCAUUUGAUGAUGGUUCACCACCGUCCAAACAGAUUGUUGAUGAUUGGUUAAGUCUUGUAAACGUUAAAUUUCGUGAAGAACCUGGUUGUUGUAUUGCCGUUCACUGUGUUGCAGGUUUGGGGAGAACUCCAGUGCUUGUUGCCUUAGCAUUAAUUGAAGGUGGAAUGAAAAAUGAAGAUGCAGUAGAAUUUAUACGACAAAAGCGGUGCGGAGCUUUUAACAGCAAGCAACUUUUAUAUUUGGAGAAAUACCGUUCUAAAAUGCGGCUGCGCUUCAAAGACUCCAGUGGUCAUAGAAACAACUGUUGCAUUCAUUAAAACUUGACUGUCUGAUGCUAUUGCCUUGGAAGUGAAACUUGAGAUAGGACAUAAUUUGUCAUAUAUAUUCGCCAACACAUAGGCUUAGUCAAUGAUAAAUCUAAUGAAGCUUCCAUGGGAAUAUGGAAAAGCCACAAGCUUGACAUUAUUGCAGCCUCUAUGUCUGGGUUUGGUUGCUACCAACCUAUUUGGACACUUGGCGAAAGAUUCUUGCUGUUAGCCAUUUAAAAUAUGUUUAUCAUAUGUAUCAGUAGACCUUUCCUGAAAUCAUACAAUAGGUGUAAGUAUUCUUCACAUGUAUUCUCAUGCCAUGAAUUUAACCAAUACAUAAGAAAUUUAGAGAGAUUAGACGGCAAAAUACCCAGAACAAUACUUGUGU